AUAUCAUCAAAGGCAACUGUAAACAGAUAACGAAACAAGCGGCAAUUCAACCAUUUAUAUUCUCUUACUAACACAUUUGGAGCUGAUGAUAAGCAGACAUGCCACUUCUUCUUCUUCCAUGUAAGUCUUUCUCUAUUAUCAAUCCAAUUAUUUAUAACACUGCCACCCAAUUCUCACCUUUCCCUAAAUGCUCACUUGCUACAACCCCAAAAAUUUCCAAGAAUUCAUCAUUCCAUUGGAAUUCUCAAGUAAAUUUGCAUACCCAUGUCUCUUUUUGCUCUAAAAAUGAAAUCUUUGAAGAAUUUAAGACUACCCAAGUGGCUGAAAGUGAAGAGCUUGAAUUACUUAAUAAGCCAUACUUAAAGCAAAUAAAUAAUGGGGUUGUUGUAGAUGUAGAGGAAGAGAAGAAAACAGUUAGCAAAGAAGAAGUUUUGGAGCCAUUUUAUAAGUUAUUUAAGCCUAGGGAGAAGUCAUAUGAACAAGAAAGUGAUACUGAUAUAGAACAGGAGGAAGAAGAAAAGGUUCAUCCAGUUGAAGAAGAAGAGGUUAAGAAGAUUAGUGUAGAGUAUUAUGAACCGAAACCGGGUGAUUUAGUAGUAGGUGUUGUGGUUUCAGGCAAUGAGAAUAAACUUGAUGUGAGUGUUGGUGCAGAUUUAUUAGGUACUAUGUUAACUAAGGAUGUUUUGCCUUUGUAUGACAAAGAGAUGGGAUAUUUGCUGUGUGAUUUGGAUAAGGAUGCUGAGGAGUUUUUGGUGAGAGGGAAAAUGGGAAUUGUGAGUUAUGAUGAGGCAAUGGGUGGGGAAUCAACGUCGGGAAAGCCUGUUGUGGAACCCGGGACUGUUCUUUUUGCUGAGGUUCUUGGAAGAACUCUUAGUGGUCGGCCAUUAUUGUCGACAAGAAGGCUCUUUAGGCGCAUUGCUUGGCAUCGAGUGAGGCAGAUUAAACAAUUAAAUGAACCCUUUGAGGUGAAGAUAACAGAGUGGAAUACGGGUGGUCUUCUUACCAGACUAGAGGGCUUACGGGCUUUUCUUCCAAAGGCUGAUUUAAUGAACAGAGUUAAUAGCUACACCGAGCUGAAGGAGAAUGUGGGACGUCGAGUUAAUGUGCUUAUUACCAGAAUAAACGAAGAAACUAAUGACUUAAUACUUAGUGAGAAGGAAGCUUGGCAAAUGUUAAAUCUGCAAGAGGGGACCCUUGUGGAAGGAACAGUAAAAAAACUUUUUCCCUAUGGCGCACAGAUAAGGCUUGGUGAAACAAACCGAAGUGGCUUACUACACAUCUCAAAUUUCACCCGCGGGAAGGUUACUUCUAUCAAUAACUUGUUAGCAGUUGAUGAGAAGGUGAAAGUUAUGGUUGUGAAGUCAAUGUUUCCUGACAAAAUAUCUCUCAGUAUUGCUGACCUUGAAAGCGAGCCAGGGCUAUUUUUAUCGGACAAGGAGAGAGUAUUUUCUGAAGCAAAACAGAUGGCGAAGAAGUACAGACAGAAAUUACCAACUGUUUCAGCAACAACGAAACCGGAACCCCUUCCAACUGACAGGCUACCUUUCGAAGACGAAGAAAGUAUGUAUGCUAAUUGGAAAUGGUUCAAGUUUGAGAGGGAUAAUGUAAACUAGGCAUGACCCCCAACACUAAAAAUGUAAUGAACUGUAUAUCCUUCGGCACGUCUGUAGGUCAUUAGAUAGCAUCCAUGAUAAAGUACCAUUGUUCAAAAUCCCAGUUAUAUUCUUUACUGAACUGAGUAAUAAGUCCCAUUUGUUACUUAACUUUCCUUUUUAGUAUAUUUAUGAAGUUUCACAUCCCUUUUCGAAA